AUGUAUUCCAACUUUUGUCAUGCCAUAUGCACAGUGAAAACUGGCACAUUUCAGCUUCGAGGUUCAGGCCUGAAAAGCGUUGGCGAACAAAGCCUUCCUAAUACUAUAGAAGAGGAGCCUCACAUUCGUCCAAUUCAAUUUUCUUGUAGAUUGCAGAUCCCAAUAUCUCAAUCGAGCCGAAUACAGCCCACUGCGGAGCCCCAAGUGUCGUAUUUGCUUUCACACAAAGCCCCAUACGUUGUUCAUUCCAAAGCGACACAUGCAGAAUCGUUUCAGCGGCUACUUCAUUCGCCCUCGUCUCACUCGCCUGCCAAUGAAGCCAUUUUUCUAGAUAAGCACGAGAUCAAGACCAAGGGUCCAUUUCCAGAAAGAAGGAUAGAGGCGUCCGAAUGGCCCCGGAGGGUCCAAAGUUUGGAACAUUGCAACGAAGCCUUUUGUGAUAUCAGCAAGGAAAGCAACGAAGAACAGCUCAAAAUAAAAACCAUGGGAAAACAUGAAACCACUCCAGUUCAUGAUGGGGAUCAUAUAAAAGGGAAGAAAGUAUGA